UCAGUAGAUUACUCACUAGUUUCUCAAUCUAUACCAAUACGAGGCGCUUGGUGAACUUCGAAUCCCAUAAGAAUGCUUUGGAGUGCGUUGAUGGGAUUCGAGCGAUAUCUAUGUUGUGGGUUAUAUGUGGACAUACAUAUAUAUUUACGUUCAUGACACCCGUACAUAAUAUGUCUGAUGUUAUACAGUGGACAUCAUCUUUCUCAAGUACAUGGAUAUCUGCGUGCCCUAUCGUUGUGGACACAUUCUUUACUCUCAGUGGUAUAUUAUGCAUAUUCGUUAUAUCGGACAAUAUCACAGCAAAACCAUUCUUGAAGCACAUCCACAUAUUCUACCUCUAUCGGAUUUUACGAGUGUUCCCUAUCUUGGCGACAAUGGUCCUCCUCCAGUCAUCGAUCUUGACCUGGAUCUCUGACGGUCCAGAAUGGGAAAAAAUGGGCAUGGCUACAGAAUACUGUAGACAACGCUGGUGGUCCACCUUGCUGCAUAUACAGAAUUACUACCGGCCUCUAGGAAUCUGCAUCUUCCAAUCUUGGUACAUAACAGUGGACACUCAGCUUUAUAUGCUGAGUCCUUUUGUAAUAGUGUUUCUCCUGGGUUCGUCUUUGGUCGCGUGGAUUGCUUUAACUGCAGUUGGAUUGGCAUCUAUGACUAUAGUUGCAGUUUAUGUGGCCAAAUAUGAGUUCCCUUCUGCUCUCGUCAAUGUUUUCUAUACAGAUUCAUUUGUGAACUUCUUCCACGACUUUUACUUUAACACUGCCACUCGCGCCUCUCCGUUUGUAAUCGGUAUAUUUUUUGGUUAUUUAUUAAAAAAAUAUCGACGAAAAAAGAUAAAAAUAUCUAUGAAAUACGUCAUAGUUUUUUGGAUAACAGCGUUCGCUAGCAUGGCAUACUGUGUCUUCGGUAUCUAUGAAACAGUCAGCAUACCAUAUGAAUUCACUUUGUUCGAUGCGAUUCUGAACUCUACAAUGAAAGCACUAUGGGCUACUUCACUGUGUUGGCUGAUCUUGGCAUGUGCUCACGAUUAUGGUGGACCAAUAAACUGGUUCCUAUCGUUACCGCUAUGGAAGUUACCAGCACGAUUGUCGUACGCGGUAUAUUUGGUGCAUGUACAGAUAUUACUGGUCCUGAAGAGUUCUGUGAUGAAGUUACCGUAUUUCACUGAUUUGGAUGUGAUGUACGAAAUAGCUGGUAUUACUUUGCUUUCUUUACUCUUAAGUUUCUUCAUGUGCGUUCUCAUUGACGCUCCAGCAUCCACUUUGGUGAAACUUUUGUUAAUGCAAAAGCGUCCCAUAGAGAAUCAACAGAAAAGCGCGGCUAUAGAAGAAGAUUUCAGCAGUGAAAAUAAAUGCAGACAUUUUCAUUAAUAAUAUUUAUUUAUUAUAAUAAUUGAUUAAUUGUUUAAUUGAUUUUAUUUGCGAUUUCUUAAUGUAACUAAUAUGGUAAUGCAUGAAUAUGUAAUGAAAUAAAUCGUUAAUAUA